GAUUGGUGCGGUGCCGUUGAUUCACCCCAACAAUAAUGCAUAGACAUAUUGUCGUUUGCGGACAUAUAACGUACGAGUCGGUGUCGCAUUUCUUAAAGGAUUUCCUGCACGAGGAUCGUGAGGAUGUGGAUGUGGAGGUUGUAUUUUUACAUCGCAAGGAGCCUGAUCUGGAGCUAGAAGGUCUGCUGAAACGUCACUAUACGACAGUGGCGUUUUUUCAGGGCACCAUGAUGAAUGCAGUCGAUUUGGAACGAGUCAAGGUACACACAAAACAGCAACAAACGCAAAGAGAAAAUAAAAACCACACCAUUUACUGCAAGUCCUUGAAACCUUAA